UGGGCCUUGCGGCCGGCCCAGAGCCCUCCUCUGCCUCGCCCUCUAUGUAAGACCGGAGGCUGCGGCCCGGCCGCUACGGCGGCGGGAGCUCGCGAUCCUGCUAGUUCAGCGGACACCGUCUGUCCCUCGCUCGGUCGCGCCGGAGAGGCCCGGCGCGCACGCGCACACGCCCUCCUUGCCCCGCGUCUGCGCGCCGCCGAGUCCCCCAGCUCCGCGCGGGGCGCCGCAGGCAGCUGCGGGUGGCAUGCGGGACUACGACGAGGUGACCGCCUUCCUGGGCGAGUGGGGACCCUUCCAACGCCUCAUCUUCUUUCUCCUCAGCGCCAGCAUCAUCCCCAACGGCUUCAACGGCCUGUCUUCCGUGUUCCUGAUGGGGACCCCGGAGCACCGCUGCCGGGUGCCGGACAGCGCGAACCUGAGCAGCGCCUGGCGCAACCACAGUAUCCCUCUGCGGCUGCAGGACGGCCGUCUGGUGCCUCACAACUGCCGGCGCUACCGACUCGCGGCGAUUGCCAACUUCUCGGCGUUGGGGCUGGAGCCGGUGCGCGAUGUGGACUUGGAGCAGCUGGAGCAGGAGAGCUGCCUGGAUGGCUGGGAGUUCAGCCGGGACAUCUACCUGUCCACCAUCGUGACUGAGUGGAACCUGGUGUGUGAGGACGACUGGAAGGCCCCGCUCACAAUCUCCUUGUUUUUCGGGGGCGUGCUGGUGGGCUCCUUCAUUUCGGGGCAGCUCUCAGACAGGUUCGGUCGGAAGAACGUGCUGUUCGUGACCAUGGCUGUGCAGACGGGCUUCAGCUUCCUGCAGGUCUUCUCCAAGAACUUCGAGAUGUUUGCCGUGCUGUUUUUCAUUGUAGGCAUGGGCCAGAUCUCCAACUAUGUGGCUGCAUUUGUCCUGGGCACAGAAAUUCUCAGCAAGUCAGUGCGUAUCGUAUUCUCUACGUUAGGAGUGUGCAUAUUUUACGCCUUUGGCUACAUGCUGCUGCCACUGUUUGCUUACUUCAUCAGAGACUGGCGGAUGCUGCUGCUGGCGCUGACUGUGCCGGGGGUGCUGUGCGCACUGCUCUGGUGGUUCAUCCCUGAGUCCCCCCGAUGGCUCAUCUCUCAGGGACGAUUUAAAGAGGCAGAGGUGAUCAUCCACAGGGCAGCCAAAAUCAACGGGAUCGUCGCCCCCUCCAUCAUCUUUGAACCGAGCGAGCUCCAAGACCUCAGUUCCCAGAAGCAGCCGUCCCACAGCAUUCUGGAUCUGCUGCGAACCCGGAACAUCUGCGUGGUCACCAUCAUGUCCAUAAUCCUGUGGAUGACCAUAUCAGUGGGCUAUUUCGGGCUCUCCCUGGACACACCUAACCUGCACGGUGAUAUCUACAUGAACUGCUUCCUGUCCGCGAUGGUGGAAGUCCCGGCCUAUGUGCUGGCCUGGCUGCUGCUGCGAUACCUGCCCCGGCGCUACUCCAUGGCCACCGCCCUCUUCCUGGGCGGCAUCGUGCUCCUGUUUGUGCAGCUGGUGCCCCCAGACUUGUACUAUCUGUCCACCGCCCUGGUGAUGGUGGGCAAGUUCGGGAUCACUGCUGCCUUUUCCAUGGUGUACGUGUACACAGCCGAGCUGUACCCCACCGUGGUCAGAAACAUGGGCGUUGGGGUCAGCUCCACAGCAUCCCGCCUGGGCAGCAUCCUGUCUCCCUACUUCAUCUACCUCGGUGCCUACGAUCGCUUCCUACCCUACAUUCUCAUGGGAAGUCUAACCAUCCUGACAGCCAUCCUCACCUUGUUCCUCCCAGAGAGCUUCGGCACCCCUCUGCCAGACACCAUUGACCAGAUGCUAAGGGUCAAGGGAAUAAAAUACAGGCAAACUCCAAGCCACACGAGGAUAUUAAAAGAUGGUGAAGAAAGCCCCACAGUCCUUAAAAGCACAGCCUUCUAACACCCUCCCAGGAGUGAGCCAGCGAAGAGGAAAUACUAAAUCCCGUCAGCAGUGGUUUGUGUGGACACGGGGUCCUUCAGGGACGAAGGUCCUUGCUGUUCAUCCUGGUGGCCUUGUGUCUGACCUGCUGGCAGACGGGCACAGGACUCAGAGGCCGCACGUGGUGCUGGAGGGCCACCUUCCCUCCAGCAACGCUGGGGCUGUCAACAGACAGCUUCGGAGAUGCCCUAACACAGCGAGGGACGGGUGCACCGCCCAAGAAGUGAACUCGAACCAGUGAGAUUCGGAAGAACACAAGAGGCAUCUGCUAAAUUUACAUUUUAACUUUAGACUUCCUCAAAAGGCCCCCCAGUAAGACAGGAGGUCUAAAUCCCACCCCCCAAAUCUUUCCCUCUAAAGGUGCACUUUAAAGGAAAAGACGUCAGCUCACAGGGAGUUGGAUUUCUCACCCUUUCUCGGUAACUGGGAGCGCUGCCGCGCCAGGGCUGGAGGGUCUAGGUCUGGGGAGCCCAGGGCUGAGCGAGCCUGCAGGGAGUUAAUUCAGAGGGGCCCGAGCAGGCACACAACACAGGCCAGCGUCGCCAUGUGAGCUCCUGGGCCACUCCGUGUGGCUGCUGGGUAGACUUGUUUACAUCUGAUCAAAGCACUGGGCUUGUCCGGGCCCAUGACAAACGCACCACAGAACCUACUGUUCUCGUUUUCUGCCAGGCGAAUCGAAACUGCUGUCACAGUGGAAGCACAUCGGUGAGAGAGAGAUAAGCACACUUGUCUCUUCUCUCCAAACGAUAAUGAGGUUUUGUUUGUUCGUAUGUUGUCUGCUCGUUAUCAAUUUGUCGUUUUCUUCUCCUUAAGUUAUUGACCCUUCAGAACAGACUCAGGAAGACUGGUGCCCCAGUCUCCUGGUCUGUCUUUUUCUGUCAACCCAGAACCACUCUGGUAAUAAUGGUCUGCAGCCGCCACCCGGGCAAGGGCUUAGCACUUUCAGCCACCAGCACUUCUCGGCGUCCCAAAACGGAUGUCGUUGUGCGGCUCCCUUUCAUGGUACCUAAUCACGGGGAAAAUUACGAAGAGGAAAGGUAAAUCGUGUUCACAGCCCUUCGGAGUUGUUCACUUCAGUCAUGUGACAUUGGGAGAUACUUGUGUUCAGUGUAACUGUCUUCCCUUGUCUGAUUGUCACCAUGGUUACCAUGGUACUCCUGCAGCAUAUGCUUUACCUGGUUCCAAACCACAUGUUUGGGAAAGCUAAUGAAGUGCCUUGGGAAAUGAUGUUUUAAUAAAGAAAAUGAUUUUUUUAAGUAAUA